UUUUUCAGCUCUAGCAACACAAUAGCACAAUCGCCAUGCCCGCUAUGGAUCUGUACAACAUGCCUGGUGCUCCGACCACUCGUGCCGUGAAGAUGACGGCCAAGGCAGUGGGCGUGGAACUGAACUCAAAGUUCAUAAACACCAUGGAGGGCGACCAGCUAAAACCGGAGUUCGUGAAGAUCAACCCGCAGCACACCAUUCCCACUCUUGUGGACAAUGGAUUUGCCAUCUGGGAGUCGCGUGCCAUCGUGGUCUACCUAGUGGAGAAGUACGGCAAGCCAGACUCCCCUCUCUAUCCCAAGGAUCCCCAGAAGCGGGCACUGAUCAACCAGAGGCUGUACUUCGAUAUGGGCACUCUGUUCGAUAGCCUGGCCAAAUACAUCUUCCCCCUGUUCCGCACCGGCAGUCUGGGUGAUCAGGAGUCCCUGGACAAGUUCAACUCUGCCCUUGAGCUGCUGAAUACCUUCCUGGAGGGCCAGGAUUACGUGGCUGGAAGCAAAUUGACAGUGGCUGAUCUUGCCAUUUUGGCCACUGUCUCCACCAUCGAAAUGAUCCAGUUUGACCUGCAGAAAUUCCCCAACGUGGACAGGUGGUACAAAAAUGCCCAGAAGGUUGCUCCAGGCUGGGACGAGAAUCUGGAAGGAAUCAAGCAAUUGAAAAAGUUUAUAGAGGAAAGGGCGGCGGCAGCUGCCAAGCAGUAAUAUGUAUGAUAUUAUGAGAUUAAAAUAAAGUUCCUAAUUUAUAAUUUGUAAUAUAAAA